CAAACAAUUGCAAAAUGGCCUUUUGGUCUGAAGCUAUUCUAAGCCUUGUUCAUAAACUGAAUAACUUCUCUCGCCCAGGUAGGUCGUUAUACAACCGCAAGUUCCAUAUUUAUAGUGCUACACGGGAAGUGAAUUUAUUCGUGCCUUUCUUUUUGAGAUUAAUCUGUGAAAAUCAAUUAUCAAUAAAUUUAAUUAGGUUUGAACUAAACAGCAAAUGCAAUUAAUUUGGACCACUUGCGUCAACCUUCUCUGUUUCCCAUCAGAGGGCAAAUCAAAAAUAACAUGAAGAUAUGUCACUUUUUGUGGUGCAACAAAAGUGUUAGAAAACUGUGUGGUAAAAAAUUGUUCUUUCAUUACUUUACUCACAAGUCCAGAGAUGAAUUAGAUCUCUAGAAUGGGAUAGGUCAAUUUUUCAGGAAAGGGUUGAAAACUUGAAAUUCAGUUUCAUGCACUAGAAGAAAAGUGACAACAAUAUUUUUUAAUUGUGGUUGCUGUUUUUCCUGCUGCAUUAGUGAAUUUAUUGUUUGCAACAUGCAUCUGAGCAUGUUUUUAACUACUGACCCCAUGCGUCUCUCGGCAUGAAAGUUUUCCCUGCUGCUCACAUGUGGCUUCAUGGCUCAGUUGGUAGUAGCACCCAUGUAUUGUCUGAGAGACACAGGCUCAAAUAUGGCAUCAUGGCUCCGUUGUAGGUAGCUCAGUUGUAGUAGUAGCACCCUACUGCUGCAAGGCAUAGGCUCAAAUCCUGUGAAAGCCAGGUGUCUUUUAACCCUUUAACCCCCAAGAGUGACCAGCAUCCUGUUUCUCCACACAAUAUCAUCCCUACAUCAAACAGUAAGGUCAUGCAAAUAAAGGAAGUGAUUACCAACUAAGGAAAGCUUUUGAUUGUUCAGUAAAUUCUUCUGUCAGCACCCUAGGAACUGUAUCAAGAACAAUAUGGAGAAUAUGCAUAUUGCUGCUAGGGUUUGAAGGGUUAAGAGUAACUUUAGGCACCAUUUGGUCCUUAACAUUACUUUAAAACACAAUUUUAGGUACGAUACAUUUUGAUAUAUUUUAACACAAAAAUGCCCUGAAUAUUCAUCAUUGAUAUCUCACUUGUAUGUUUUUCAUAGGUUCCUGUAAGUCACUUUGCAAACCAUUCCUUGUUGACGAUGUCCAAGUGGGUUAUAUUUCACCAAAAGUUGCCAGUUAUUUGAAGUCUUAUAGUGACAUAUUUGUGAUGGUUCCAGGAACCAGUGGUGAAAUUAGUCAUGUUACUUUGGCUCCAGAACUUAAGACUUUUACAGAACGAAGUCAAAAGGUUGCUGAGGUUAUGAACAGUCUGAGAUUAAAAGAUGUGUUCAGCACUUUGAGAGGGUGGAGAAAUGAGGCAAGUGCAAUUUGUUUUAAGCUUUAUUUUAGAUUCAUAGAUAGUUAAUUUAAGAACACAAUGGAGCUUGAUAGUGAGUACCAUCAAGGUUAAGGUUUUUUUUUUUCCUGUCAGUUGAAGCCAAGGACUGAGAAAGAGUCACAAACCAGAUAGUUAUUACCAUCAUGUGGUCAUUGGUUCUGAUAGGUUUUUUUUUUUUAAGAAUAACUGAGACACUACACAUACUCUUAUAUUGUUGGUGUGUUGAGAUGAGAGUAUAUGAACAAAGCCAUAUUUUAGAUUUAGGCAUGUUUCGUGGAAAUAUUUGACAAAAGCAACAACCAUCUAAACACUCCAGGGGCUAGGCAAAGUAUUGACAGCUAUGCAAAUCUUCAACAGCAUCUCAGGUUUGCAUAACUGUUUUACAUUCUUGUAAUCACCUUGUGUAUGGAUGAGGUUUAAUAUUUAGAAAAAACAAAUUAAAGUUCCUUUUUUGUAAAUUAUGUGUGCUUGAAAACUAUGUUUGUAGGUGUUUGUCUCUUAGUAAAUCAAAAUUACAUACAGUAAAUAUUAUUAUCAAUAUUAUUUGAUAUAAAGAUGUACCCUGUAAUGGCUUCCUUUGAUACCAAACCAAGCUUUAUGAUGGAGAGGUCAGCAACUUGUAAGUAUUGAGUCCUGUCUCACAUACAAGUUGACUGUUGAUAAUUCUAUAACGUGUAUUUGUUGUAAUUUUUUUAUGAACUGUAAUUACUGUUAAUAUUUUUGUGGUUGGAUGUGCAUUGUUUAGAAAUAUUCUUUGGUUCUUUGGAAAUUUCCUAGGCAGGAAUGUCAUAGGGAGUGGAGUCCGUGUUUAUUGGUAUGGGUGUUUCCAGUGCAGUGAAACCUGUAUGGAACAAACCCUAUAUCAUAGCAGACACCCUGUAUAAGAGAGACAGUUGCCCAAGUUCCAAUGAGAGUUUUCAUCCACCUUAAAUUAAUCAGUAAUCAGAAGACACUUCUAUCAAUAAGACCAGUAUUAAGCAGACCAGUAUUAAGCGGUUAGUUGUUCAAGUCCUGAAAUUUUUUCCCUUUAAUGAAUUGCUGUGAGAUUUGCUUUUAUUGAGAGGUUGUGGUCAUGACACUUCAAGGACAUAAAUACUGCCUCAGUUUACAUGCUUCCCUUUCAUGAAUUCAAUGGUUGCUUUAAAAAACUUACUCAACUACAUUUCCAUUAGCUUAGGAACAUGCCCAAUUACAUAAAAUUUGUCACUCAAGUUGUUCAGGUGAGAUGUUAAUCUUGCAACUGUUGUUACCAUUCAUCAUUAGAUAAGAGUACAAAAUAAUUUUGUUUACAUGUGAAAUUUUGAAUCUCACAAAAGCCUGGAUAUAUUAUGUCAAAUAAACUUGAGAGGACUCGAGGCUACUUUCUAGACAAUUAGAAUGGGUGAUGGUGGCAGCAAAUGUUGAUUUUUUUUUAUACUCUUUGAACAAAUCUGACAUUGAUUUCUCUGGGGGAAAAACCUUGAUGACUAUACUCAGUAAAACCAGUACUACUUAGGGUAUUUUAACAAGUUCAAAGGUAUGCUUGAAAGAUUUCCUCUCACAACUUCCACAUGUUUAAGGAGUUACCUCACUUGAAAUUUUCAAAAAAAGUGGUCAGUAAUCUUAAUUUUUGAUUUAUGUUUUGCCUUUAUCUUGGGAAUGGACCUUAUUAGGCCUCAACCCUUUAACAUUUUGACAAAGCUUGAGAGCAGUGCAUUGAACUGAAAUGUGUUGAUUGAUAGGUGUGUUUCUAUGAGGAUAUUAAGCGUUUGGGAAGAUUACAUCUUCUCCUGAUAUCUAAUACUGAAAAAAAAAAGUAAAAAAGACAGCCUACUUUUAAAAAAGGCCAGUAUUUAUCCUUAAUUUUCAUUUUUUGCCAUUAUGCCAAACAUUUUUAAGAAAAAAUGUUCAAGUGCUUUUUGAUGGCACCCUCUAAAUACGUAAAUAAAAUUUGGAAACUACCGUAGUACAUCAAGGCUCCUAUAAUUUUUAUCAUUUGAUCAUUGCGGUCCUAGAGUCAGUAUAUUAUGAUGUGAGACAAGUCAUGCAGCUUACACGACAUAUAUUAUGAUUUGACCGCUGUUUUGUAACCCUGUGUGUUCGUACAGCGGAUCGUCCGUCGAGGAAUGCUUUUGUCCUUUGAUGAAGGUCGCUGAUGUGCUCGCCUUGUCGACCUUGUCUUUUGCCGCUUGAACUACUACAUCAAUUGAAUCCUUCACAUUGUCUAUUUCUCGCUUGAGCGAAAAGUCAUCUUCCGUGACUCCCAUUGAUAUCCUCUGAUGAAAGAAUUCACUGUAACCAACAUUUUGACCUCAGCUGCUCUAUCUUACUCGUUCCUGGUUUUCGUACAAGAUAGCUACACAAGGGAAACGGAAGCGUUAACUUCAUACUGCACCAAUUAAAUUAAACAAUGAAGUUUAUGGUUGACCUAAUUUAGCCGACGUUUUAGCGUCUCUCAGUUAGAAAUUAAAAUCGCGAUCGAUCAUAAGGAACGUCUAAUUCAGUUUUUUUUUCUUUGCACAUCAAUACGAUCAUGCCGCUUUGCUGGAUUUGUAAAGCAGAGACAAAUUAUCACUGUUUAAGCUGCCAAGCGUAUGUCUGUCACAGGGCAGAAUGCUCUGUUUUGGCGCCUGAAGAAACGCUGAACUGGAAGGCUGGCUUUAGUGUAGCCUUUUGUUUGACAUGUUCACAUAACACCGCCGACGAAAGUGUUGAGGAAGAAAUCAACCAAACAGAAGUCUCACUCACAAGAAAAGAAGAAGAAGUAGACGCUAAGUCAAGUACAUCUCAAAUGAAAAGUCAAGGUGGCACCAAAGAAAAAGUCCAGGAGAAGCGGAAAUGCUUGAACUUACAGCAGAGAGUUGAGAUGAUAGUGUAUGCGAAAGAUCAUCCAAAAGAGGGAUACCGUAAAAUUGCUGAAAAAUUUGGCAUUGGGAGAACACAAGCACAUAAAAUCUUAAAACAAAGAAAUGAAAUACUAGCAUUAUAUGAAAGAAAUUCUCGGCCAAAUCAGCAAAAGAGGGUCCGUUCUGCGAGGUAUUCAAAAGUCAAUGAAGUACUACUGCAAUGGUAUGUCAUCUGCAGAAACUUAAAUAUUGCUGUUUCAGGAACAAUGCUUCAAGAGGAAGCUUUGUUGAUUGCAGAAAAAUUGGGCAUUAGUGGCUUUGCUGCAUCUAAUGGGUGGCUAGAGUCAUUCAAGAAACAGCACAAUAUUCACAAUAUGAUCAAAGCAGGCGAGAAUGGAGACCUUUGUGAGGCGACUAUUGAAAGCUGGAAUGAACAGGUCAGACAGUUCAUCAGAGGAUGGAAGCCAGAGGAUGUGUGGAAUAUGGAUGAGACAGGGAGCUUUUGGAGAGGAUUACCUGAACCCAGCCUAACUGAAAGGGGGAAACGAUGUAGUGGUGGAAAGCAAGCCAAUGAGAGAACUACAUGGGCAUUUUUUGUUAAUGCUGCUGGAGGAAAGGAAGACCCAAUUGUGAUUGGUAGAUAUUUGAAGCCACAUUGUUUUAAGAAUGUAAAUGAUUCUAAAAGACCUUAUCAAUGCUGCUAUUUUGCAAACUCAAAAGCAUGGAUGACAAAAGAAAUAAUGGCUGAUGUCUUGUCCCAACUUAAUGAAACCUUGAUUCGAAAGAAGAGAACUAUCUUACUGUUCUUGGACAGUGCUCCAUGCCACUCUCCUAUCUUGGCUGAGAAGUUUUCAAACAUUGGCAUUAAUUUCCUGCCUAGUAACACAACAUCAAAGACUCAGCCCCUUGAGGCGGGUAUAAUUGCAAACUGGAAAGUGAAGUACAAAAAGCGGUUGCUUCGCUAUGUGUGCUCCAAGGUGAGUCAAGGCGAAAGCACCAGCGAGAUCGUCAAGUCCAUAGAUAUCUCUAUGGCCAUCCAGUGGGGACGACAAGCUUGGGAUGAGGUGUCUCCUGAAACAAUCCAAAGAUGUUUCAAGAAGACAUUGCUCUACCCAGAAGAACUCAUGGAGGAAGAUGAUCCUUUUGAAGGAGAAGAUGAGCUGCAGCAGCUUCAAGAACUAAUCAACAGGAUCAGCUCUUGUGAUGCUGGAGCAUUUAUCUCGGCAGAGGAUCAACUUGAAGUAUGCCUUGGUAUCAUUGAAAGCUCUGAUCCAAACUGGAGGAAGUCAUUACGUGAUCAGCUGCUUAAUCAGAAGAAGGAAGAAAGUAGGGAGGUUGCAAAUAGCUUAGCAGAUGAGAGAGCCCCUAAAAUUGAUGAAAGGUCUUCUGGGGGGAACGAAGAAUGUGACCCUGAGUUGAAACAACCAGCUAUUAGGACAAUAUCAGAGGCAGAGAAAGUGGCAGAGCAACUGACAGACUUUGCCCAUUUUAAUGGCCACCGGGAACUUUCUUUGGCAUUAAGCCAAGUAAACCAUUUGAUCCAUGAAAUCAAACUGCAGAAACCAAAAAGCUAACCACUGAUUUCAAAUUACCUUUCUUGUUAGAUAAUAGCAAACUUAAACAGAGGUGUUUUUGAGAUGUGAAUGGCAACUUGCAAAAUAAUAAGACUACUUCAUAUACACUUUGAUGCCAUGGUAUCAACCACAGGGUCAUCAUCCUUUUUUUUUUUCAAAGUUAUUGUACUUUGGCAGGAAAAUCUGUAAUUUAUCAGAGCUGGAGAAACCAUACAAAACCUACUUUUAAUCUACUGUACUUAAGUUUAUCUUUCACAAAAAGUAUGCAAUUGAGUUGUUUAUUGCUUGUGAGACUAAGAGUUAAAACAAGUUUCCUAAGAAGAAAACCAUUUAGCUUUAAGUUAGUAACAAAUUUUGUUUUGUAGUGCUGGAUGUAAGAUCUAGCUAUGAGAAAACAAAAGGCAAGUUGACAUGUACAUUUGGAUGGAUUUGAUCUUAGUCCUUCUGCCACAGUCUAUUUUAAAACAGUGUUAUGAGGUACAAUUUGAUGGUGUUUUAGUAGAAGUAAUAGUCUUUCCCAAAAACAUCUAGUCAAGAGCAGUACCAAAAGAAGUGGAAGAAGCUCUCAAGAUCCUCAUUAUAGAAAGGGCAUUAAUUGAUAGCUCUCCUUUACUAUUUUUCUAGUUUGGAAGUCAUUUGUUGGGAUGUGUCGAUGCAAAAAUUUAAAGUGGAAUUCUCAAAGUUUUGUGUUCUAUGUACAAUUAUUGUUAAUUGUUAAGGCUUACUGAUAGACCGUACUCCAAUUUACACAGUUUGGUCUGAUUCUACAGUCAUUGUACAUCUAUCCUUUUCAGACUUCAUUAAUAUUGUUGCUUACAUAAUUGUUGUUGAUGUUUGUGUUAAAAUUUUUGCCACAUGAAAUUCCAUAAAUUUUGUGUGAAAGGCAUAAUGUCUUGUAGAGCAAGAAAGUUUUUAUCACCAUCAUUGAGGUGUUGUACUUUACUAAUACUAUAGUUGUACUGUACUUUGAAUAAAAUAGUUGAUUGUCGAUUUUUCCUUGUGAGUUGUGCUGAAUACUUUGCUCCAGAAAUUGGCUUUUGGAGGUUAUGUGUCCAUAAAAUUAGUUUCUGACCUAAAAGGAGAAUUUCUUUAUUAAAAUUUUCAGGGUUGCCAAAGAUUUUUUCACUGUUUUUGAUGUAAAGAUUACAUCAGAUCUUGGCUUUUAAGGCUUUGAUAAAAGAUUAAAUGUAUAUAAUUUUUAAACCACCUUCUGCAUAGUCAUUCAUCAUUGCACUUUGUUUGUUGUUGUUGUCUUUUCUAUUCCACUCAAAAAUUAUAGAAUAACGUCAGUGGUUCCUUCAUGAAUUAUUUCCUUAAUUGAUUGUAGGGGGUUAAAAUGUAAGCAGGUUGGGAGGCAAAAGGCAUUUUAGAGCCAUGAUUUUACCCAAGAGAAUUAUUCUGCAAUAUUUCCUUUUGUUUUGGAAAUUUUGGACUUUUUCUAUUUUUUCUUUAGCGUAGAUUAACAGAAUGGUUACCAAUUAGCUUUGUGAUCUGUUGAUAGCCAAAUGCCUAAGGUUCCAAUGUUGCAUUUUUUUGCCAUCUCCAUCUCUUUCUGGAAGGAUGUUUCUGUCCUUCCCACUGUAGAUACCUUUCCAAAGAGUUUCUGUUUUCUUGCUGUUUGAGUUCAGAAGCUUUGCCAAAGUUGUCAAUUAAAUUGAGAGCAGCUGUUAGGGAAUUCUCUGAUCAGUCUGAUAUUAAAGUCAUAUCCUAUGACAAAGAUGCCUUUAAUAUUCUCAUUGUCUCUAUUUUUUCUCUUAUUUUUUGCAAGAACUUUGAUCGCCAUAAAGAAAAGAUAAGGAGAUAGUGGCAGCCUUGUUUUACCCCUCUUUUGAUUCUGUAUAAGUUGCUUGCUCAACUGUUGUUCAUGAUACAGCUUUCUAUAUUAUUAUCUGUAGAAACAUUUUAUCCAAUUCACUACUGACUGGAAAGAGUCCCACAAGUCUCUCCCUAAUACAAGCGUCAUUGCAUCUUUUUUUUCGGUAUCUUUGGUGGUAUUGUAUUUCAGGUUUACUUGGAACUGUGCAGUAUGGUGUUCAUGUAAAUGGAUAUUUCGUUGAUGAAAAUGGGAAAAUGUUUAUGUGGAUAGCAAGAAGAAGUUCUACAAAACAAACCUGGCCUGGAAAACUUGAUCAGAUUGUAAGUGUCUCUAACCAGGGAAAAAAGUACUACUCACAGGAUAUUUAGUUCUGAGCUAUUUCCUAUUAGGAUAAGUUGAAGUAGUUCAAGCCAAGUCAGCUUAAUAAUGACAGACCAUCAGCAGUUGACUUAACAUGCUGGCUUACUCAUUAUUACAUUCUAGAUUUAUGACAUCUAAUCGUUUUUUUUUUUUUAAGUGAAUCAAUGGAGACAUGUGAGGUGUGAUAAAGCUGUUUGCUCUUUCAGCAAAUAACUCAUAAUAAACCAGCAGUACGCUGUAGCUUAUUAUUUUCUAGUGAUCAUGAGUAUUGCCUUUUUUGUCAGCAGAGUUAUUGUAACUAGCAGUAAUUGUGAAGAAGAGCUCCCCAAAAAAUCUGUCGGCCGACUGUCGGCCAACAGUCGGUCGUCUGUCGGCUGACAGUUGGCCGACAGACAGCCGACAGGUUUUGCCCGAAAUAUAAGCUACCUGUCGGCCGACAGUGGGCCGACAGUUGGCCGACAGUGGGCCGACUAUUGGUAAUGUGUCGGUAACCUGUCGGUAGCUUGUUGGUAAAACGUUAACACAAACCUUAAUGUUUUCUCUUGGUUUUCGCUUGAUACAACAUCCAACAUGUGUAAUACAUUGGUUAGCUGUCAGUAGACUGUCAGUAACCUGUCGGUCAACUGUCGGCCGACAGGUUUUUUGGGGAGCUCUUCUUCACAAUUACCGUAACUAGCACUGAAUUUUUAUCUAAGAUUUAAUCAGGUCUUGCACUGAAAAAUGUUUGUUAUAAGAGUGUUAAUCACUGAAAGUAUAAUUUAUAUAAAUUAGCAUUUUAGUAAUAUCUUCUCACCAUUAUGUAGUGGCCUUGUCUCACUGUACUUGUUUGGUCUUGUCACAUUCUUGUCUAAAAGACAAUUAAUUGACAAAUAAUCAUUGAUCAUUCAUAAUGCAAUCCACAAUCUGGUCUGUUUUUGAAAUAAAGCAUACAAGGGCAUGCUGACAGGACCAAAGAGGUUUAGUGGCAAGCUCCUGGUAAGCUCUCUCACUGAUAUUUCUUCUCUGUUUUCUUAUCACUCUGAAAGAUGUUGCUUGAUUGCUGAUUAAUAGUCAAAGUUUUCUCUUAACUGUAUGAAAAAACAUUGAUUUUGUUCUGUAUUAUGGUUACUUUCUCCUGUGAGAGUUUUUACAACAAACUUUUAUUGUUUUCUCUGCCAGGUAAUAAUGUUGAUGCCAUAUUGAUAUUUUUUUUGUAGUCAUCAGCUCUGUGCUGAGAUACCAAGUUGCAAAAUUCACACUGGGAAAUCUCGGUGUAAUAAGCAAAUCUUUAUUCUCAUUUCAGAAUUUGUUCAAUUGUUUAGUUUAUCAAUUAGAUUUUGAAAUGUUCCUUUACCUUUUAAUUAAUAUUUGUAAGCUUACCUGGUCUUUCUGUGUAUGGUUAGGUGGCAGGAGGUAUAACCUGUGGUGAAGGAAUUCAGGAGACACUGAUAAGGGAAUGUGCUGAAGAAGCAUCGAUACCAGAAGAACUUUCAAAAGCAGCUUCCUCAGCUGGUUGUGUCAGGUAAAUAAAGUUGUUUUAAAAUUCCCUUUUUAGUGAUGUAUACCAUCACGUGUUGAGUGUAAUUUCCAGUAGAAUGAGUAGGGAAUGAAAACUUUCCAUAAUUUGAGUGAAUGUCAACAAUCAUGAUGUCACACCAUCAAAACACUUCUGAAUCAAUGUCUUUUUUACUUAAAUGUUCUUUCUUAACAUUUCUUUAUUUUGCCUUUGUUGAUCAUUUAGACAAAGGAGAAAAGAUAUUUACUUAGUAACUGAAAGAUAUUGUCAGUAGGUUGUGAUAGUUUAAUUUAAUUUUUUUUUACCAGCUACUUCUUUGAAGAUGAGAGAGGAUUGUUUCCUGAAGUCCAGUUCGUUUGUGAUUUGAAACUCCCUCGUGACUUUCAACCAAUCAACAGUGAUGGGGAAGUUAGUGAAUUUUAUUGCUGGCCUAUGGAAAAGGUACCUGCAGCCUGUAUUUAUUAGUUUAGUUUACUUCUUCCUUAACGUGGUGGGUAUUGCAUCAGGGAAGUUACUCCUAAUGUGUCAUAAAGGAAGUUAAGUCAACAAGUGUUAGUUUUAGGUAUAUUCUGACCAAUUUUAUUUCUUGCAUUCAAUUGCAAAGUUCUUUGUUAAACUGCUAAGGAAUUUUGUGAAUAAAUAGAAAAAACUAGAGGCUUCAAUGGUAUGUUUUCCCUGGAAUGUUUAAAUAGUCAUAGAAGUGUGAAGAGAAUUUUGAAAAGAAUAUUCCUUAAGUUUACAUUGUUUUUUUCUUUUGAGUAAAAAGUUUGAUUUUUCUUUUACAGGUGAAGGAAAAAAUAGCAACAGAUGAAUUUAAGCCUAACUGCGCUCUUGUAGUUCUUGACUUUAUGGUCCGUCACGGCUUUGUUACACCAGACUGUGGUCAGCUUAUAUUCACAAUGAUUAUUGAAUAAAUUGUCAGUUUGUGUUUCUUAGUUAUUUGAUUUUCAAGUGAAAGAUUGAGGCUAACCUCAAUAAACAGGUCAUUUGAAUUCAUGAAAUGUCUACAAAGUUUACAAUAAACAGAUGUCUAAGGGUUAAAAGGGUUAUUGAGUUUCAGUUUGAAUAUCUCAAAAAGAAAAACAAAAAAAAGAGGAAAGUUUGCAAGUCUUUCAUCAUCUAUUUGAAUUUUGUUUCUCUUCUUCAACUCUCUCAUUCCUUUUUCGCCCAUCCUCAUUUCUUUGUCCUCUGUAUCCAGACUUUGUUUUCAGCUUCCAGACAAAAAAUGACCCAUUUUCUGUAUCACAACACCUGAUCAUUUGAGAGUGGCUGUUUUAUCUCCUCCUGUCAAUACUUUGCUUGGUUUCUUAUGUGAUUCCAUGCACUGUUGCUCUUUUUUUAGCAUAAUCUUAGACAAGCAGUAUGUUUAAAAUUAUUUGAAGUGAAUUUUGUUUGGUUUCAAUAAGUUUUAAAAUGUUAUAUCAUGGUAAAUGAUGCACCAAGUCAUUAUUAUCUUGUUUUAUUAUUGCAGAACCUCAUUUUGUUGACUUUGUUGUUGGAUCUCACAGCAGUCUUCUCUAACAGGCAAAAAAUGAAGGAACAUGUAAAAGGGAACCAUAUUUGUAAUGAAGGCACCCCAAGUGUACAUACACAAGGAAAAUAGGAGAAAUGGCAAGGAAAGUAACACUGGAGCCUUUUUCCUAAUAAUAACAAUCCAUUGACAAUCUCAGUGUAUACUUGACUGUAUUUAUGAAAGAAAGUUGACUUCAGUCCUCACUCUUCAGUACAGUGAUUUCAAAAGUGUGCCACAAGAGCUCUUUUGUACUGAGUUUGCAACAAGCAAUCACUUUAGCCAGAGGUGAUCAUGUUUUG